CGGAUGAUGCUGGGCGGGGCAUGCUGACAGCGACUUCCGGGUUAACCGAGACACGUGGUACUUGGGUUAGGAACCGAGAGGAGUACCGGAGGCGAAAAGGUUACCGCGUGUGAAGGCGCAAGAAGAGUAUUUUGAAGGGAUAAGUGUAGGGUGCCCUUCUGAGCGACAAUAGGCGCAAUGUCUGUCAUUCAUGCUCCCGGAGUGCGAGAAUCAUCAGCGCUGUUCCGCGAUAUCAAUGCGGAUGAUGAGGAACAGCAGCCGGCAGAGAUCGAGUCGCUGUGCAUGAACUGCUACCAAAAUGGGUUUACGCGAAUACUGCUGACCAAAGUACCUUUCUUCAAGGAGAUCAUUGUCAGUUCAUUCACAUGUGAUUCGUGUGGCUGGAGUAACACAGAAAUUCAAUCUGCUGGUCGUAUCCAGGAGCAGGGUGUACGAUAUUCAUUAAGUGUCAGGAGCAAACAGGAUGUAAAUCGUGAAGUGAUUAAAACAGACUAUGCAACAACGCAAAUUCCUGAACUAGAUUUUGAAAUUCCAGCUUGUACACAGAAAGGAGCACUCACUACAAUUGAGGGAAUUCUUGAGAGAACGAUUGCGGGCCUACAACAGGAGCAGCCUCUUCGCAGGGCUGAAAAUGAAAGUGUUGCAGACAAAGUUGAUGAAUUCAUUAAAAAGCUUCAACGAUUGAAAGAUGGGGAAGACCAAUUCACUUUUAUCAUUGAUGACCCCUCAGGGAACAGCUUUGUGGAGAAUCCAUUUGCCCCUCAGAAGGAUGAAGCACUUUUGAUUACUCAUUACAAGAGGAGUCCAGAACAGGACAGGUUACUAGGGCUGGAGAACUCAUCUACCAGUCUGAAACAGGAAGAGACACCUAUGCCAACCAGUGAGGAACUGAGAGAUGAGGUUCUCCAGUUUCCAACAAAUUGUCCAGAAUGCAAUGUUCCAGCAGAGACUAACAUGAAACUAGUGCAAAUCCCUCAUUUCAAGGAAGUCGUCAUUAUGGCUACAAACUGUGAUUCCUGCGGACAUCGAACCAAUGAGGUGAAAUCCGGAGGUGCCAUUGAACCUCUUGGGACUAAAAUAACCUUGCAUAUAACCGAUCUGUCUGAUCUCACCAGAGAUGUGUUGAAAUCUGAGACGUGUAGUAUUGGCAUCCCAGAGCUGGAGUUUGAGCUGGGAAUGGGUGCUCUUGGUGGCAAGUUCACCACUUUGGAAGGACUUCUAAAAGACAUCAAAGACUUGGUGGUGGAUAAGAACCCCUUUACAGUUGGUGACAGCUCUACGUCAGACAGAAGGGAGAAGUUGGAGGAAUUUGGCAGGACAAUUGACCAGAUUCUGGAGGGACAUAUAAAGGCACAUUUCAUGCUUGAUGACCCAGCUGGGAAUAGCUACCUUCAGAAUGUAUAUGCACCAGAAGGCGACCCUGAAAUGACAGUAGAAAAAUAUGAGAGGACGUUUGAGCAAAAUGAGGAUCUUGGACUUAAUGACAUGAAAACAGAGGGAUAUGAAGAGAAGGCUUGAUGGCUGCUAGCUUUACCAAGAUGUUAUACCGUGUUUUGUUUUGUGACUUUUUGACUCAGAAAUGCCUGCAACAUCUUAGUUUCUUGGAAACAUAAAUGCUGCGUUAUGAAUGAAUGACCAGUAAAAAAUACUAAAGUAUGCAAAUAAUUUCUGGCACUGCACAUUUAGCUGGUUUUCCUGUUCUCCAGAAGAAGAGCUGAAUCUCCGUAGUGAGAGAGUAUAGUAUUUUUAUGUGGGAAAACAUUGUUUUGGGGGAACACAGGAAUCCUUAUUAAGUGCCUGGAGAAAAACCAAUGACCCCAUUUAACAUGUUUAACCGCUGUUAAUAAACAGUGCUGUUCUUCAAAAUCACAAAUGGUAAUACACCCACUACUUUUAAUGUAAUGAAUUUAUGUAGCACAAGGGUGUCACGCUUCUAGCCACCUAAUUGGUUCUGAUCCUCCACACCAGUCAUCCAAAACCAGCACCCAAGUUAUACUUCAGUAGUUUUUAAAGUCCAGGGCAUACUUGCUGUUAGGACAUUUUGUGUAACAGUAAAGAUUAUUCAGUUUAAACCUGUAUAUUUUAUAAGUUUAAGAGAACUUUGUUCUGCCUUAUACAAGGCUAUAUUGUUUUUUCAAAGGUGAUGUGUCACCCACAUCACCCUGGCUCAAGUGGAGCUAUAGGUCACUUUUGGCAAUUAGCCAUUUUUAAGCUGCAACCAGCAUUUUAUGUUGAUUACAAAAAUUGAAAAAA